CUUUCCCCCUUCCUUCCCUUUGAAUGAAAUUCCUGCCAGCUCCGAGAGGGAGAGAGAGAGGGAAAAAGAGUAGAAAGUUUAACUCCUCCCAUUGGAGCAUCUCACGCCCCUGCCCAGCCCUUGAAACCCAAUAACCAAGAUCAUUCAACAAUGCCUCCCCUUCCCUGGCUGCAUCCUUACCUCACUCCGACCUGCCGGCGGUACCCUGCCCGCUGCACGCGAGGCAGCAGGAUCGCUGCCCUCCAUCCAGCCGAGCCGCAGCACCGGGGCGAGCCGGCGGCACCGGUGCAGGCAAGGAUGGACACGCUCUUCUUCUGGGGCAUUCUCCUGGCCUCUUCCACCAGCGUCCAGGCGGUGCCUGCAGAGCAAGGUGCUGCACCCUCGUGCCCACCCCAGUGCCACUGCGAAGAGGAUGGCAUCGUGCUCUCGGUGGACUGCUCCGAGCUGGGGCUUUCGGAGGUCCCGGCCAACCUGAGCCCUCUAACAGCUUACCUAGAUCUGAGCAUGAACAACAUCAGCCAGCUGCAGCCCAGGACUCUCCGUCACCUGCGCUUCCUGGAGGAGCUACGCCUCUCUGGAAACCAGAUCUCCAGGAUCCCAGGGGAAGCUUUCUCUGGCCUCUACAGCCUCAAGAUCCUGAUGCUGCAGAACAAUCAGAUGAGUUGCAUCCCUGCAGAGGCACUGAGAGAUCUUCCAAACCUCCAAUCUCUACGCCUGGAUGCAAACCUUAUCUCUGUGGUGCCCGAGAAGAGCUUUGAGGGGCUGCUUUCCUUGCGUCACCUAUGGCUGGAUGAUAAUGCCCUGACGGAGAUCCCUGUCCAAGCUCUGAACCACCUGCCAGCGCUGCAAGCCAUGACCCUGGCUCUCAACCAGAUCUGGCACAUCCCUGAUUAUGCCUUCCAGAACCUCAGCAGCCUCGUGGUGCUGCACCUGCACAACAACCGGAUCCAAAGCCUGGGAGCCAACGGCUUCGAUGGGCUGCACAGCUUGGAAACCCUGGACCUGAACUACAAUGAGCUGCUGGAAUUCCCUGGGGCCAUCAGGACACUGGGACGACUGCAGGAGCUCGGUUUUCAUAACAACAACAUCAAAGCUAUUCCAGAGAACGCAUUUGUUGGGAAUCCUCUCCUCCAAACAAUCCAUUUUUACGACAAUCCCAUCCAGUUUGUUGGACAGUCUGCUUUCCAGUACUUGCCAAAGCUCCACACUCUGUCACUCAAUGGUGCGACGGACAUCAGGGAAUUCCCAGACCUUAAGGGCACCACCAGCCUAGAAGUUUUGACCUUGACCCGGGCAGGCAUCCACCUGCUCCCCAGAGGGAUGUGCCAGCAGCUGCCCAGCCUCCGAGUCCUGGAGCUCUCACACAACCACAUCGAAGACCUGCCCAGUUUCCACCGGUGCCAGCGGCUGGAGGAGCUUGGUCUCCAGAACAACAGGAUCCAUGAGAUCAGAGCAGACACCUUUGUGCAGCUGAUGGCCCUGCGCUCCAUAGACCUGAGCUGGAAUCACAUCCAGUUUAUUCACCCUGAAGCCUUUGUGACCCUGCACUCGCUCACCAAGCUGGACUUGACUGAUAACCGGCUGGUCACGCUGCCUCUGGAUGGUUUGGGUGGACUGACCCAUCUGAAGCUCCAAGGCAACCCUGCUCUCUCUGAGCCCUUCACCAAGGAGAGCUUCCCCAAAAUGAGAGUUCUCGAGGUACCUUACGCCUACCAGUGCUGUGCCUAUGGAAGCUGCAGCAGCUUCUUCAAGAUGUCCAGCCAAUGGGAGACGGAAGACAUGAGCCCUGAGGAGGAGGAUCCCCACAAGAGGACCGUGGAAUUGUUUCCAGGUCAUGCUGAUAACCACUAUGACCUAGAUACAGACGACCUCCAGCUGGACCUUGAGGAAUCCAAGCUGCACCCCACUAUUCAGUGCACUCCAAGCCCAGGUCCCUUCAAGCCUUGCGAUCACUUGUUCGAGAGCUGGAUCAUCCGCCUGGGAGUCUGGGUCAUCGUCCUGGUCUCAGUGCUCUGCAACGGGCUGGUCAUCCUGGCUGUCUUUGCCUCUUCCAGCUACCUGUCUCCAGUCAAGUUCAUCAUCGGCUCCAUCGCCGGAGCCAACAUGCUGACCGGCAUUUACUGCAGCGUGCUGGCUCUCGUCGACGCCCUGACCUACGGCCACUUUGCCAACUAUGGUGCCAGAUGGGAGACGGGAGCGGGCUGCAGGGUGACAGGGUUCCUGUCCGUGUUUGCCUCCGAGGCUGCCAUCUUCCUGCUGGCGCUGGCUGCCGUGCAGUGCAGCAUCUCAGUCUCCUGCGUGCGGGGCUAUGGAAAGUCACCCUCCUUAGGCAAGGUCAAGGCUGCUGCUUUUUGCUGCCUGUUGCUGUCCUCUGUGGCUGCCGUUCUCCCUCUCUUCUCCAUUGGGGAAUAUGGAGCAUCUCCUCUCUGCCUCCCAUAUCCCAUUCCAGAUGGGAAACCAGCCACCCUGGGCUUCACUGUGGCCUUGGUGAUGACAAACAUGCUCUGCUUCCUGACUAUCACAGGCACCUACAUCCGACUCUACUGCAACCUGCUGAAGGGGGAGUUCAGCGCUGUCUGGGACUGUGCCAUGGUCAAGCAUGUGGCCUGGCUGAUCUUCACCAACUGCCUCCUCUACUGCCCAGUAGCCUUCCUCACCUUCUCCUCCACACUCAACCUCUUCCUCGUCACCCCAGAGGUCAUCAAAUCCAUCCUCCUCGUGGUCCUGCCCCUGCCCGCCUGCCUCAACCCAUUGCUCUACGUGCUCUUCAACCCCCACUUCAGAGAUGACCUCCGCCUGCUGAGGCGGAAGGGCCAGGACAAGGGGAGCUACCCCGAGUCCUGCGGGGUCGAUGACAUGGAUAAAAGCUCCUAUGACUCCACGCAGGCUCUGGUGAGCUUCUCCGACAUCGACCACAUAUUCGAGACGCCCGAUUCCCUGGGAGUGCACCCCAUCCUUGACAGCUUCAGCUUCCCCUCCAUGACGCUCGUCCCCUGCCAGCAAAGGGUGGGCACCAGGGGGAAGGAGAGAGGCUUUUCUGAGCAUUGUCCCUGCCUCAAUGACAGUGAGGUGCUGAUCACUUCGGAGAGCAGAGAACCAGCCGGCAGCAGCCUCCGGAUAACCUUCUUCCCCUCCCCUCCCACACCACCCUACGUGUCUCACUUAUAAACCUCCUCUGAUUAGCCAUGCCCAACAGCCCCACACCACACACUGAGGGCCAGCCCCAGCACCGGGUGGCCAGCAAGGUGACAGCAGGCUGCUCCAUGUAAAGCACCAGUACAACCCAUCUACCCUCGCCCCCAUCGUGUCUGCCUGGACAACAGGCACCUCUCUGCCAGCUGCCACUCGCCUGGGAGGGCUCUGACUGAGCUCCAGAUACUCGGGGCUGGUCAUGGGAGGAGAUAAACCCCUGCAUGAGUGCUUCUCCUGCUAGGGACUGGCUGGGAGCGAGUCGCACCAGUUCAGGAGAUAGGUCAGGGAGAUCCUCAUCAUCAUCCAGCUGCAUCACAAGCCAGGAGGAGCCUGCAGCAAAGCCAAGCACGUCUUCUCAAGGCAGAGAUGCCUUAGCAAAAGCCAUUGUUCUGUGGCAGAAACACAUGGAAACGGCCAACUGCAAUGAUGUGGCUACCCAUAGGGACCUUGUUCUCCAGGGUUCUCUGCAGGCCCCACAAACCCCUGGAAAUGGGCUUGCAUCUGCCCCACACCACCGACUGGAAGAGCAGAAGUGGGUUAAAAGCAGUGUGUGCACCUGAGGUUUGGACCGCCCCUGUUUUGGGAGGCUCUGCUUCAUCCACUGAGAGCCUCACAGGUUGGGCAGGACCCCCACUUUCAGCUGAUAGCAGGAGCUGGGAAUGCUCAGCCCCUCCUUCAAUCUGACCCACAGUGUCUGACAAACAAGGGGUCUCUGAACUUCAAGGCAGCCAAAUCCAAACACCUCCCUGGAGAAACCCAUGUGCUUUGCCUGAGGUCACUCAGCAGCACCUUGACACGGUGCAUCCAGCUUCAUCGCUCCCUUCACCUUCAUGUGCUGCAGCACUCCUGUCUGUAGUCACGAGGCUCCUGGUCACACCCAGUGAAACUGGGGUCU